AUGUUGAGGACGGCAACAGGCAAUGCUAGAAGACAAACUUUACGACUUUAUCGGUACAAGUCCUCAUUUGCAGUGGCCUUGGCUGCUGCUACAAAAUUGGUAACUCCGGAAAUAUUUCAAAAGAAUCCCCUUUCGUUAGUCUCCAAUGAGAUGAACACUUUGGCCAUCAAUAUCAUGUCACUAAUUAGUUCGGGGCACCCAACUUUGAACAGAGUAACAAGUUAUUAUUUUGAAGCUGAAGGUAAAAAGGUUCGUCCCCUUUUGGUGUUGUUAUUAUCAAGGGCCCUUUCAGCAAUUCCCGUCGAACAAAGAAAUAGGAUCGCAAUUGAUGAGUUCGAUUUUAGUAAUGAUAAAAAAUUGGCUAAGAUUCCAGGAAUUGGUAGUCUCUUUGACUUGCCACUGAAUAACAUAUCUCCUUUGCAUGUCUUACACGGUAUUAAGCCCUUGAAUGACUUGACCAAGAUGGCUUCUUCAUUCCCUGAGGUCGAUUUUGAUAAAGAGAGAGGUAUUUUACCAAAGCAGAGAAGACUAGCCGAGGUUGUAGAGAUGAUACAUACAGCUUCUCUGUUGCAUGAUGAUGUUAUUGAUCAUUCUGACACAAGACGAGGGAAACCUAGUGUGAAUAGUACAUUCACAAAUAAGAUGGCCGUUCUAGCAGGUGACUUCCUAUUAGGAAGAGCUACAGUGGCAAUUUCAAGACUAAGAAACCGAGAAGUUGUUGAAUUAAUGUCCAAUAGUAUUGCAAAUCUGGUGGAGGGAGAGUUUAUGCAAUUGAAGAAUGUUGCUAUUGACAAUGACGUCAGUUAUAUUACUGAUGGAGGUAAGAAGCAACUUCCCUUGCCUACUGGGAAGCUGGACUUGCCAGUCCAUGACUAUUCUGUUCCCAUUCUGUCCAACAAUUUAUCCCACCAAGAGAAGGUUGAUCUUGCCUUUGAAUAUUAUCUACAUAAGACAUAUUUGAAAACUGCAUCAUUAAUAUCAAUUGCUCUCCGUUCAACGGCUAUUCUUUCAGGCGCAAACCAUCAGGUUAUUGACGAAUGUUACGAAUACGGUAGAAAUAUCGGAAUUUGUUUUCAAUUGAUUGAUGAUCUUAUGGAUUUCACAGUCUCCAAGAAAGAUCUAGGGAAACCUGUUGGUGCAGACCUUGAAUUAGGAAUUGCAACUGCACCUGUCUUGUAUGCUUGGAGAGAAGAUGUAUCGUUAGGUCCAAUGAUUGAAAGAAAUUUCUCUCAGCCUGGUGAUGUUAAAAAGGCAACUGAAGCUGUACAUAAAUAUGGUGGUGUUGAAAAGACAAGAAAGUUGGCAGAAGAGUACAGAGAUAAGGCAUUGAAGAACUUGAGAAGCGUACUACCCGAAUCAGACUCUCGUUCCGCGUUAGAAUUUUUAACUAAUAGCAUAUUGACAAGAAGAAAAUGA